UUUGUGGUGUUAUUUUAUGCUAAAGCUAAAAUGUACUUUUUUUGCAAAAUUUAUUUUCCUUAAUCUUCUUUUUUUAGGAAAAUAAAGGAAGGACAAACACAUUUUGUUUUCCUUCAUCGAUCUUUUUUUUUUUUGCUUUCAGAAUCUCAAAAAGGUGCAAACAUUUUCUUUUCAAACAUGGUGAUUUGAGGAUACUUCCGGUUCAUUGCAUUAUCACUUGGAAAAGAAGAAAAUCCAAAGAUGUUCAUCAAAUUUUAGUUUUUGUUAUUUUUUUGCAUUUCAUCUGUUGUCUCCACCAAUCGAUCCGUAUUCAAGGUUUCACCAUUGUCCUUCCAGCUCUGAUGGGUAAUCAAUCUCUCAUUCUUUCUUUUUACCUCCUCGGUCUUGUUCUUGUUCCAAGGAAUGACAUGGUCAUAGUUGAAUAGCUAAAAUGUAUGUAGUGUCAUAUAGAGAUGCUACAAUUCACCUAUACUUUGGAGAGAUUUAUGAAAUUGUUCAUUUUGUGUACUUAAUUUUGAUGGAAUGUGUUUGAUUGCAUAGAGAGAUGUUUUGUUUGAAAUUAAAUUCUAUUGGAUAUAUGAUGGCUUGAUUAGAUUUUGGAAAUUUCAAUUCCAUGUUUGGUGUUAUUUUGGGUGCUUGUGUAGUAUUGCCUUAAUUACAUUAUGCAUUUCUAUUAUCAUUUCUUGUGUUAUGUGAGAGAGAAUUCUCUUGAUUCAUGUCGGCCUUGAUUCUUCAAUUUUUUCUGAUAUUAUUAUGGCAUCCAUUCCUAUGGGAUGUAGUUUGUAUGUGUUUCUGAGAUAUGUGAAUUUCAUUUACAUAUAGCAGCACCUGAAUGUUGUUCUACACAACUGAUCGAUGGAGAGGGUGAGUUUAUUGUCAUUGGAAUAGAAAACUUCAUUAAGGAGGUUAAAUUAGCGGAAUGCGGACUCUCAUAUGCUGUAGUCUCGAUCAUGGGGCCACAAAGUAGCGGGAAGAGCACUCUAUUGAAUAAUUUGUUCAAGACAAACUUUAGAGAGAUGGAUGCGUUUAAAGGAAGGUCUCAAACAACAAAAGGCAUUUGGAUGGCACACUGUACAGGAAUUGAACCAUGUACACUGGUAAUGGAUCUGGAAGGAACAGAUGGAAGAGAACGCGGAGAGGAUGAUACAGCGUUCGAAAAACAGAGUGCACUCUUUGCCCUUGCUGUUUCUGACAUAGUUUUGAUUAACAUGUGGUGUCACGAUAUUGGUCGUGAACAAGCUGCAAAUAAGCCUCUUUUGAAGACUGUAUUCCAGGUCAUGAUGCGAUUGUUUAGUCCUCGAAAAACAACUUUGAUGUUUGUAAUCCGUGAUAAAACCAAGACACCUUUGGAGAAUUUAGAACCUGUUUUGAGAGAAGAUAUCCAAAAGAUAUGGGACUCUGUUCCAAAGCCACAAGCUCAUGUGUCAACUCCUCUUGGUGAAUUUUUUAAUGUUGAGGUCGUCGCUCUUUCAAGUUAUGAAGAAAAGGAAGAGCAAUUUAGAGAGCAGGUUGCUAACUUGAGGCAAAGAUUCUUCCAUUCCAUUGUGCCGGGUGGACUUACUGGUGAUCGACGAGGUGUAGUUCCUGCCUCAGGUUUCUCUUUUAGUUCACAGCAAAUAUGGAAAGUUAUUAAGGAGAACAAAGACCUUGAUCUUCCUGCGCACAAGGUUAUGGUUGCUACUGUGCGUUGUGAAGAAAUUGGGAAUGAGAAGUAUGCUGAAUUCGGUGAAAAUAAGGAAUGGUGUGAAAUAGAUGAGGCCGUACAAACUGAUUUUGUUCCAGGCUUUGGGAAGAAGCUUAGCUCAAUUCUCAACAUUUGUCUAACAGAGUAUGAUAGUGAAGCAACAUACUUCGAUGAAGGAGUUCGAUCUGCAAAGCGGAAGCAACUUGAAGAAAAACUAUUACAACUGGUACAACCAGCAUACCAAACCAUAUUGGGACAUCUAAGGUCUGGAACCUUUGAGAAAUUCAAGGACGCAUUUGAAAAAGCACUCAAUGCAGGAGAAGGAUUCUCACUAGCUGCAACUACUUGUGCUGAGUCAUUCUUGGCUCAAUUUGAUGAAGGAUGCGUAGAUGUUGUUAUUAAUCAAGCGAAUUGGGAUGCAUCCAAAGUUAAGGAAAAGCUUAAACGUGACAUUGAUACACACAUCACUACUGUUCGGGCUGCGAAAUUGUCUGAGCUUACAUCAAAAUUUGAGAAAAAACUAGACCAUGCAUUAUCAGCACCGGUGGAAGUUCUGUUAGACGGAGCUAAUCAUGAGACUUGGUCAUCAAUAAGGAAGCUAUUGAAACGUGAGUCUGAUUCAGCUGUUUCUGAAAUGUCCUGUGAUCUCAAAGGCUUUGACAUGGACCAAAACGCCAGAGAAGAUAUGCUUAACAAACUACAAAACCAUGCAAAAGGUGUUGUGGAAGCCAAAGCAAAAGAAGAAGCCGCAAGGGUCAUUAUUAGGAUGAAAGACAGGUUUUCGAUGUUAUUUAGUCAUGAUUCUGAUUCCAUGCCUCGAGUUUGGACUGGAAAUGAAGACAUUCGAGCAAUUACCAAAACCGCUCGCUCUGCUUCUGUGAAGUUGUUAUCUGUGAUGGCUGCAAUCCGGUUAGAUAACAAUCCUGAUACCAUCGAGCAAACACUAUGCUCUUGUUUGUUGGAACCAACGAGCGCUCAUGUUGUAACCGACAAAAGCACCACCACAAUGGCUGACCCAUUGGCCUCAAGCACUUGGGAAGAGAUUCCAUCAUCAAGGACAUUGAUUACACCAGUCCAGUGUAAAUCUUUGUGGAGGCAAUUCAAGGCAGAAACAGAAUAUAGUGUGACCCAGGCUAUUUCUGCCCAGGAAGCAAACAAACGUAAUAACAAUUGGUUACCACCUCCAUGGGCUAUUGUAGCCUUGCUUAUUCUAGGAUUUAAUGAGUUUAUGACACUUUUGAGAAAUCCAUUUUACAUGGCUUUCAUAUUUGUCGCUUUUCUGGUUCUGAAAGCCUUAUGGGUGCAGAUGGAUGUUGCUGGUGAAUUCCAACAUGGUGCUCUCCCUGCUCUUAUUGCCUUGUCUGCCAAGUUCCUUCCAACCGUAAUGAAUAUUGUGAGAAGACUAGCAGAGGAAGGCCAAAAAGCAGCAGCACAAGCUGCUGCUAAUAAUCCACCCGGAGGAGACCCAACAAAGGACUACAAGAGUGAAGCUAGUACGACCAUGUCAUCAACCAGUUCAUCUGACAUAAGGUCAUCUAGAAAUGAGGUUGAAUACUCGAGUGUCUCAUCGAAAGAAGACUAAUGAGAACUUCAUUGGAGUUGACUGCUCAUUGCAGGCAUUACUAAGAAGGUAUAUAGCAACUAUCUGGAAAUGUUGCUCUAAAUUUCAAAGUGUUUUUUUCUUUCUUUAGUGUUAGUGGUACACAUAUUUGCAUAGGCCUCUUUUAGGUUUUAAUUUAUUUCAUUUCUAAUGUUUCAUCUUAGAGCUAAUUAUUAUGUGAAUAAUAAUAUAAAUAUAUAUCUCUUAAAUCUUGUCAAAAUACGAUGCCAUCCUACUUCUGCACGCAUUUAAAGUUGUCGUUGGGCCAAUCACAAAGCGCAACAAAAUUGCUUAGUGACAACUGUUAAACAAAACUAGGACAAACUUUUCAAUGAGAGGGAAAUAAUAAGCAGAUAAAACAAAAAUUAAAUUAUAGGGUUAAUAGCAUUUUAUACCCUUAUAUUGUUGUAAAUUAACAAAAUACCGCCCUAUUAUUUUCUUUUUGCAAAAACAUAUCAUUCUAUUAUUAAAAUGUAACCUUUAACCAAAAAUUGUGUUCACAGAUCAUUUGAGGGUAUAGAAAAUGAACAAAUUGUACCCUUGUAUUAAAUAAUGUUUUCACUUUGUUGAAUAUUUUUUUUUACAUUUCCCCCAACAAGAACGAUGGUGACUCUAGGAAUGUGGAUGUUGAUGUUCGGAAAGUUUAUGAAAACCAUAGAUUAAUAAUUUCAAAGGAUUUGCAACUGUUCUUCGUCUUCGAUUCUGACUCACUUGCAUUAUAGUACCUAAACUUUUAAAACUAGGUCCAAUGUUUUAGUAUGAGAAAUUUUAUAUCACUAAUUGUUGCUAUGACUCACAGGCAAAAAGCGACCCGACCCUACUCGACCCUUGCAGGUCAAUAGAUGAAUCGAUUAUAAACUAAUCAAGCCCGACCCUGACGGGUGAGGGCAGAUUGAUGGGUCUCUAGGACCAAACUUACACACCUAGUAUAAUGGCACAUUUGUUAACUUGCAAUAGUAGAGGAGUAUAAAAUACUAUUAAUUGUAAAAUAUAUUUGUAUCGGUAACUUAAAAUAUAUAUAAGUACAAAGCAACUAAAAAAAGAGAAAUCGUGCUCUCUCCAUUGAAGAAAUAGCAAAAGAGGCCCCUACUAAAGUUUCUAUGGCAUUUUCUCGAGGGGAUUCGACGUUAAAUUGAUGACCAGUUAUGAAACUUUUCAUCGUACCUCCUCUAAAGGAAGGAUGGAAUUGUUCCAUGUAUAAAUCAAAAUGAGUCUUCCUGCAAUAGAGAUCAUGAGUCAGACUAAAGUGUCGAUGAAAUUGCUACAAGACAUGCAGAUAAAAUAUAUUCGAUCGGGAUUAUCUUCACUAAUACAUGCAAAUCCUAAAAUUAGUAAGGUUUUCUUAGAAUCAGGAGAGUGUCCAUAGUACAGUUGAUUCACUAAUCAAUUCAAUGCGUGCAAGUCAUUGUCAAUAGUUAUCACGUCUCAUUAACUACCCCAGUCUAGGCCAAGUUUUAUCCUCGACUGGCGUUUUCAUAUAGUGGCAAUCAAGGUCGUAUUCACUCGUGUGUCCGUACACUAGCCUACUUCCCAAGUUGUUGUUAUCUAGGAGAUCAGUUUUAAGUGUUUGUGAUGGAGGAUUCAAGCAGAAUACUAGUAGAGAGAACAAAUAAAGAUAAAAGCAAGUACUGCGAGGAACUCUCCCUCACCCUAGCCUCGGUCUACUAUGCACUGUCUAGAUAAAUAGGAUUUUUCUGAUGUGGUGAGUGAGCUCUUUCCCAUGGGCUUUCAUGGUUAUCAACACGCCUCCGAGGAAGACUCCCAUAAACCCAUGCCAGACACCUCGAUCUAGGCUAUCAUAUCUAGGGCAUUAAGCACACAGCUCCUUCGAAAGGGUUACUACCCAUCAUCCACAUCGAGGUUUUAUCUCGGGUUGUAUCUAGGACAACAUUCCUAUGGCAGGGUUACGGUCGCCUUUUUCACCAUAGGUUCCUAUUCAUACAUCUAACCUCAAUUUGUUUGAUGAUGCAUACCCGUCUAAGUCUAAAACUCCAUACCUAGCGUAGAAGCUCAAGUAGGCUAGUAGAGAAGAUUAGGGAGACUUACCCAAACACAAUCAAAGCUAGAGAGACAAUGAAAUCAACUAGAUAAACACAUUCAUUCAUUAACACCCUAUCCAUUCAUUACAUAGUAACCCUAGAAAUAUGGUUUGGGGUUUAGAACCCCUAGUACCUUAGAGGACUUAAUGACUCGAUAUUUGCACAUGUUUGUCCCUCUACUUCUUGAUCGUUUAAGCUUGCAUUAUCUCUUCUUUUGAAUAUUUUAUGCUAUUUUGUGUUCCUUUGUCACAUUUCAGGUCCCAACAUGCAAAGUGAACAUAGGCGCAAGUUUCAAGUCAAUCAGAGAUCAAUUGGUGAUUCGGGAGAAGAAACUCGGGCAUGACCUGAAGAAGAAUGGAUUUCUGCCUCAUUUAUGGACAAAGAAUCAUGAAAGCUUGUCAUGAAAAGAAAGAGGAUGAGAUUACGAGAAUAUGAGAUCAAACGACGACUGAUUCGGAGUCCGGACGAUGGAGAAACGAAACAUUGAAUAUAGGGGAACAUGUUCG